GCAGCCAACAGGAUAGUGGGAAAAUAGUGCAAAGCCUUCCUAGAUGCCUCGCCUCUCAAAGCAGGCAACAGGAAUGGAAAUGGCUUUCAUAUGCUUAGACCAGCCGUCCCUCCUGUCCUGGGCAUGUGCUGUUCCAAGAAAAUUGGGUUCUCUCAGCACAAAAGGAGGGUGAGCUGGUAGAGAGGAUCCAGUGUGUCUGCCACUCUCUGUGUCCUCCUAAUGCUGAGCUCUUCAGCCCUGGAAGGACUAGACUUCUUGUUAAGAAACUACCACUGAUGAAUGUGUGUGCAUGACACAGUGUCUCAGCAGGGAGAGGGCAGCAGGCUCAUGUGGAAUAUUUCACAGAGAGUUUAGCAAAGGGAUCAUUUGCAAAGGGGUGGGCAGGGAAUAGGGAAACCUCAGGACCAGUCCAGUCCAGUCCCCUGGGCUUGAACCAGAGAAGAGCUGUUAUUCCCCUCUCAGGCCACAAGACACAAGGGAAUAAAGUGGAACCCAGAAGAGCAAAUCCUUGAGAGAGGGCUGCCCCGAGGGAAGCUGUGUUCCAGGCAACCCCACAGGGAGGGAGUUGGGGGAGCCCCCUCCCCCAUCUUCUGCAGGGCUCCUCAUUAUCCAAACCAUCCUGGAAGCUGGAGGGCACAGGAGCUCAGAUGAUGCUGCUCACCCAGGUCAGCCUCCCAGGACACAGCAGAGCAGAACAGGACAGAGAAGGGAUCUGGGGGCAAAUAAAGAUACCCAGGCCCAGAGUUCUUCCUCAAUGUGUUUUCAGCAACAACUUGGGAACCAGUUGCCCCAAGAGACAUGGUCUUGGGCAUGGAGAACUGGGCACCUGAGAGAAACAAGAUGGCUCCCAUAACCCGUUCACCAGCUCUCAGUCCAGUGCUAAACUCGCCCCGCACUCCACAUCAGAUGGGUCCUAGGUACUGGCCCACCAGACCCGGGCCGGGCACACUGGUCACAGCUGCAUAAAAUCCAACAGUUGGGAGAUGGAGACACUUAAAACCCCAUUUUCACAUGGGCUGAUUGAAACUCAAAUGCUUGCCUAGCCACUCAACAUUUCAAGAUUUUCUAACAGCCCCGUUUGUAUCUCUGCCUCGUGCCAGCUCCAAUGUGAAGCUUUCUCCCCAUGUGAUCCACGCAGAUUUUCAACACAAACCAGCGGUAAGGAGAUUCAUUAGUCCCAUUUCCAGAUAAACUGAGACUCUGCGAAACGUGACUUGCCCCAGGUCCUGCGGAGAUGCGGCAAAGCUCUAGGCCGACAGACUCUCAGCACUGCCUCGCUUGCUUCCCCGAAAGAAGCAGCAGGAUUGACUCUCAGGGAAUGUGAAGAAAUGAAUAAUAUUUAUUCUCUCACCACCAAGCCUUUCCGUAGACUGUUACUCUGCCUGGAAAACCCUUUUUACCAGAAACCUCUUAUUCCUUUGGGGCUCACACCUAGGAUGUUGUCCUGGAACCCUUAGGCUGGACCAGGAGCCUCUCUGGGUCUCCUGAGCUCACCACUUCUCCCCAUCGAAGCCUGGGUCACUCUGCCUGUGUGUCCCCACCUUAGCCUUGGACUAAGUUCUGUCUUCAUUUUCAGUGCUGAGCUAGGCGUGGCCUGUAGUUGGAGCUCUGAAAAUUGUUGGGUGAAUAAAUGAGAAAAAGUAACUGCAUGGAGAAUAUUCAAAAUCCUUAACCCCUGACUAAGAGGCCAGUCUAGAACACAGCCUGGCCAAAGUGCUGGGUUAAGGGUCCUGGGAGCCGCUGGCUGUGUCAGGUGACCCCCUUUAGUUCCUAGACCAUGAGAGAGUGGGGUAGUGGUGUUCCAGGCUGUUACUGGGAGCCCAACUAUUAACAGGCCUGUAUUUUAAAUGCCCUGUACCCCUGAACAUUGCUUCUGGUUGGACAUCAGUUCUGGGCAUGAGGAUCAAAGAGGUGGAGCUUCCUGCUUGAAGAUGCACAGCCUGGAUCCUCACUUUGACCAUACCAGUUAGACCCUGCUGUCCCUCUACCCUCUGAAGCAGGCAAUCACAGCCAGCCCCUCCCCUGCUUCCUCAGACAGCUCCUGUGAUUUGAAUAACCAAGCAGGCUGCUGGAUGUCCGGUGGUGACUGAUUUGCUUGGCAAACAGACUCUCAGGUCCUUAGCCCUACUAGUACUAUGGGAGGACACUCAGCCCCACUGGGGUCUCUGUUUUCUCUCCCUACCCCUCAAGAGCCACCUAGGCUCCAGUCUUGCCCUUGCUUGCUCUGCUGGGGGACCUAGCACUGGUGGGGACUGGAGACUGCCCUCAGGAUCCUGGCAGAGGAAAAGGGAGAGAAAUGGCAGAGCCCAAGGCAGAGGUAACUGGAGCCAGUUGAGUCUGCUUCCUGGGCCUGUCAUGAAAUUUGCAUGGAGAGAAUGAGGCUCCUCCGAGGCUGUCCCCUCCCUUCCCACCUGGGAGUCAUCCUGGGCCUGAGGUCUGACAGCAGGUGGAGAAAGCAGCCGUGUACGUGGAGCUGUCUCACUAUUCCCGGAGGUGAUGCCCCGUGUCUUCCUGGUCAGGAGUCGGCGUCCACAGCCACCCGACUGGGGCCACCUGCCUGACCAGCUCCGGGGAGAUGCCUAUGUCCCAGACUGCAGCAGCCUGGGGGGGCCACCAGCACACCAGACUUCCAGCCUCGGGGACUCUUGGGUGGCGCCUUCUCAAGGCGCUCUGACCACCACUCCCAGGGGCCCUGGGACGCUUGGCUGCCCGCUCUGCCCCAAGGCCUUCCCGCUGCAGCGCAUGCUGACCCGGCACCUCAAGUGCCACAGCCCUGUGCGCCGCCACGUGUGCCACUGUUGUGGCAAGGGCUUUCACGAUGCCUUCGACCUCAAGCGCCACAUGAGGACUCACACAGGGAUCCGACCAUUCCGUUGCGGAGCUUGUGGGAAAGCGUUUACGCAGCGCUGCUCGCUUGAAGCACAUCUUGCCAAGGUGCAUGGGCAGCCAGCCAGCUACGCUUACCGUGAGCGCCGUGAGAAGUUACACGUGUGCGAGGACUGCGGCUUCACCAGCUCGAGGCCCGACGCCUAUGCGCAGCACCGCGCCUUGCACCGCGCUGCUUGACAUGGUGCAUCUCGCAUCCAACCCAUGAGAG